AGUGAUGCUUUAAUUAACGUCAAAACUUGAAAUCUGUCUGUGACGUCCUGUGAGGAAGAAGUGCAUCCAUUGAUUUUCGAAUACGUAUACCUAAUCGCUGACCCUUGGUGGAAUAACCUGGAAACAACAAUAUUUGUACCCUGAACUAAUUGUAAUAAAUUUCUAUGUUUAAAAAUAGCACCAGUACGGUUCAAGGAGAAAACGUAAGUUCGGUUUCAUUCGUUUCUCCUCGUACUUUGUCGGAAGAUCAGACGGCCUGACUUUAAUUUCCGUGGAGUCGAAGAAGCAGGAGCAGCUGAAAGCAGCUUGCAACCCGAAUUGGGCCGAUUUUAUAAAACUAUUUAGGCCUAAAAUGGUAAUGGCUCUCCAUUGCAUCGUUCGAAAUUUUCCUAAGUAUGCCCAACUUUCAAGCAAAUGUUUUUCUGGAUAUACUUUAACCCGGACAGCAAGUGUCCUAGGCCCUUUGAGGCUCCAUAAUUCGAAAGUGGAUCCUUGGGCUGCUUCUAGCAACACUGCUCUCAACUUGUCACCAACUUAUUUGAACAAAACAAUCGACUUGAGCCAGGUAAAGGCUUUCUCUGUCACCUCAAGUAAAUUGUCGGCAGCUGGACAUGAUCACACCAAGCUUUGGAGUGCUGAACGAAUUUUGAGUGCAGCUCUCCUUGGAAUUGCACCUGCUGCGUUUCUAUAUCCAUCCGCAGCACUGGAUACAUUACUUGCUGUGACAUUUGUUAUGCACAACCACUGGGGAAUUGAAGCAAUUGUUGUGGAUUAUGUAAGGCCUAUUAUCUUUGGUAAUGCCAUUCCUAAAAUCGCUCUUGGUCUUACUUAUGGUUUCUCCAUUGCAAUGCUUGUUGGUCUGUUCUACCUCAUUUUCAAUGGUUCAGGACUUGUAAAUACAAUACAACUCUUUUGGAAAAUUUGAGUGGAUUCAUUACUUCAAAGUGGAAUGCCUAUUGUUAAUGCUGCACUCUGUAACUUUUUUAUACUACGUUGAAUCUACAGAAAUGGGACGUAACAGACCUUACAUUGAGCUGUACAAAAAGCCUAGGAUUCAUUUGAUUCUUGUUUCUUUGUAGUUAAAAGAUUAUGAACUUAUAUGCGAUGAUUGAUAUUUUGGUGUAAAUGUGUCCCUUCGAUUAGUCUUUCACUAAUAUUUGAAACAGAUUUCUUAGCAUUUUCUGACUUUUAUGAUGUGCUUAAUACAAAUUAGUUUGUGGAAGUUUAUAUCUUGAGCUUGCUCUGCGAAGGUCAGUGUUAGCUCAGUUAUCGUUGAUAUGUCAUACAUUAGUCUAAGGGAAAACGAUUUUAUGUUGAAAAUUGGCUUUUUGUUUAUAUUGAUAAAAUUAAUCAAUGUCACAUGGAAGAGAAUGGAAAUGCUGCCUCUUUUUACUUUACAACUACAGUUGCUUUGUUUAGAUAAAAU